AUGUUGAUGCUGCAAAGGCCUCCGUUCUGCGACCAUGCCAUACAAUUAUAUGACUGGUUUAUCAUGGACAAACAGAAUGUCUUGAUAAUGGAAAAUCCGCAUCCCUGUGUGACCUUGUGUAAGUUCAUAAAAAAAAACAGAGGUCACCUGAGUGAAGAAGAGGCAAGACUCAUCAUGUGGCAGCUCGCCGUUGCUCUGUGUCACUGCUGGGAUCGUGGUAUUUUUCUUGAAACAGAUCUGAGUAAUAUUCUCAUCAACACGGACACCCUGCAGUUAAAGAUAAUUGACUUUAGAUACGCAGAGCACAUCAUAAAAAAACGAAGUGAAGAAGCUUAUUUAGAGGCAAGGCUCAGAGUGCCUGCUAAAUUGCAAGCAGCUGAAAACUUAUACUUCGUGCUGGAUGCGCUCAUCAAAACAAUAAGACAUCUGUGUUGGAAAAAAGCACACCUGUCCAGAGAAUGCACAGAUCUUCUUCGGAAACUUGGGCAUGGAGGGCCAUCAGCGAUUGACACCUUAGAGAACAUCUUAGAUCAUAGGUUGUCUCUAGGAAAACUGGCUUUUGAACAGCUGGAAAAAGGGAACCUGAUCUUCUAUGAGGAGGACCUGAAAGAGAGCGGCAUUGAUGUCAGAGAAGUGUCCGUGUACUCAGGAGUUUGUACCCAGAUCUUCAGAGAGGAGUUUGGGCUGCAGCUGGGGAAGGUGCUGAGUUACUGCAGUAUUGGAGAGGAAGGCUGUGCUGCUCUGAGUUCAGCUCUGAGAUCAAACCCCUCACACCUGACAGAACUGGAUCUGAGUCGUAAUAAACCAGGAGACUCAGGAGUGAAGCUGCUCUCUGCUCUACUGGAGGAUCCACACUGUAAACUGCAGAAACUACAGUGA